UCAGUUAUUUCUAAUUCUAUACCUUUUAGUGAUAUAAUGAAGUUAAUGCGGAACCCCUCUUUGGUUGAUGAACUUUGUAAGACGGUUGCGGAACAUGUCCGCGCAGAGAUUCCCGUGCCAGUUAAUGCAGUGUGUGGCCUAGAGUCACGGGGUUUUUUGUUCGGUCCUCCAAUAGCAAUAGCUUUGAACGUUCCCUUUAUACCAAUCCGGAAGAAAGGCAAGUUACCUGGGAAGGUACUACAAGCAUCUUAUAAGAAGGAAUAUGGAGAGGAUACUUUGGAAAUGCAAGCAGAUGCUCUCGAUGCGCAGUCGAAGGUUUUAUUGGUUGAUGACCUUCUUGCUACUGGGGGUACUUUAGCAGCUGCUAUCGAAUUAAUAGAAAAAGCUGGCGGUGAAGUUGUUGAGGCAUUUAUUCUUGUUCAACUUACUUACCUUAACCCUUUGGCUCACAUACCAAAGCAUGCGCCUGUAUUCUCUCUAAUCGAAAUUGAUCACCAAUAA